GGUAUCAAAAGAAGUUACCUACUCAAAGAGUAAUCUGAAGAGCAAAAAAUCCUCUUUAUAGCUUUGUCCAUCCUGUAUAACCCCUUCUUAUAAAGGUAUUCAGCAAGAAAGAACCACCCAGGCGAAAGACAGGUGAGCCAGAUCGUUAACACGCACUCAGGUAACACAAAAGCCACGAAACCCAUUCACUCGAGUCAAAACGGAUAUUCGCUUCGCAUCAUAGCAUAGUAUAGUCAGUCCGUUUUUGUCUCUUGUUGAUAUCAAAGCUUCGCUCCUUUUGAUUUCAAUAGAAAUAUACCGCGAGAUUGAUUGUGGCUUUGCUUUUGUGUUUGCCCUAUAUUGGAUUUGAUUAUUCAAGCCUCUAAGAAAACUCCUCCAACUUGAAAAAUUCAUCAGGAGAAAACUAUAAUGUAGAAUUAAGUAUUAAUUUUUUACUAGCAUCAAACCAACAAAGAUUCCACAAUGACGAUCAACAAUAAAAAUAAAGAAAUAAGUUAUGCCAAAGAAGAGGAUACAGAUCGGAACAGUUACCCUGCUAGCGAUAGUACCGACGUUAUUGAAACGUACGCCAAUGGAAAUAAUAAUGGAUCUAUACAAAAUAGGUUAAACGAACCUUUAAGUCCAAGCCAGCAACUAUGUAUGAUGACAACCGUACCGCAAAAUAUCACUUCCAGGACUUUAGGGGAUAAGCACACUCCCACUAGGAAUAGUCUUAGGCAUAGUCGGAUGAUUGUAAUGUAUAGAAAUGGAAGAAUACCCAAAAAGUACCUGCCCUUUGUGAUAAAACACUACAGACUAGUCAAGUCAAUGAAAGUCAUUACGAUAGUUUUAGGAAUGCUUAUGUGUCUGGCGUCGGUUUGGUUGUUAUUGUGGAGUCCCACCCUUAACGCUAUAGAUUUUCCUUAUUGGAGCGCAGUACCUGUAUUUUGUUCAGGAGUUGUAGGCUGUUUUUUCCUAGGAUUUUGUCCUAGACCCUAUCCAGAUAGAAGAUUAGGAUGUCAUUAUCAUUUAACUAAGUUUAUCAGCAUUUUAACAACAAUAGUCUCAAUAAUGACUUGUCUAGUAGUCCUCAUAGUUUGCAUAAUCCACUUAAUCUACAUCCACAUGGCGAUUUGUUCUCCUCACGACAAACUCAAUUCGACUUGUGUGUGUUCCACCAAAUCCAUGUCGCAUCAUCUUUUCAAUGAAAGUUACCAUUAUGAAGAUUUCACUUGCGAAGAAGUCAAUUGCUUCUUGAAAGGGAUUAUAGCAACUUCCUGCGUGUUAAAUGUUUUGGCUCUAAGUUUGGAAGUUAUGUAUUUGUGUGCCCAAUGGAGCAGCAGGACGAAAUAUUUGUAUGCUAAAGUGCCAGUGAGGCAUGAAUUGGAGGGAAGAUGACGAUUUGUAUGAAUUUUUUGUUAUGUAAAUGUUUAACCAUAUAUUUGAUGGUUGUAUGUAUUUUGUUUAACCAAUUUAGUGUGCAAUAAUUAUUGUACAAUGCCUACUUUUGUUUGCUCACCAAGCCUUAAUAAUUAAUUAUACACACCAGGUCAGUAUUAAAAUAAUGUUUAUUUGUCGUUUGUAUAAUAAUAUAUGUUUUGUAUAAAAAGUGUAUUUGUAAUAAUUAUUUUUAAGAUACAAAUAUAUAUUUUUACAUAGAAAUUUUCAGACUCUUUUUUUAAAACCUAAUAAUACUUGCAUUAUACGUCAUACGCAUAAAACACUAAUUGAAUUUUUCUAAAAACCAUUAUACAAUAAUUAUUAAGCUUGGCAACUAUCACAAACCUGUCAUUAAAAUAUACAAAAAUAUAAAUGGUAAAAUAUGGUUAGUAUAAUCCUAUUGCACCUAAUAAAAUUAAGUUUUAUAAAACAAAACAAAAAUCUAUAUAAAAUCACUGUAAAAAAAUAUUCACAAUUAAAUUGUCACCAGUUUUGGUGGAGGAGUAAGAUUAUUUGGAUAUCUGGAUUUGAGCAUGGCACUAAUCCAAUUCGCCCUUAUAGCCGCAUCGUUCCAAACCAGGAUAUUUCCAAAAUACGGAUUUGUACGUGUCCUACAGGGAUUGGCGUCUUUUUCCAAAAAUGUCGCGGUCCAUCUGGAUUGGGGACUCCUUUUCGAUUCGUGCCCUAAGUACCAAGUUAUGUCUUCAAUGCGCCAAGAAUACAGAUUGAUAUCGCUCUAAAAAAUAUUUAAUGAAUAUUUUGAUUGAAAAAUUAUUUUAAUUUCUUACAGAUUUGUCUUUGAAACAACUCAAACAUCCUUGGGUGAAUUGAAAAUUGUAUACUUUAAGUAGCUUGGUUUUGCUAUCAGCAAACUUUAAUUCUCCCGAUAUUGGCAAGGGUUUUUCUAAGAUGUAUUCCCAAUAUUUUGAUAGAGAUACGCAAGUUAGAUAGUUAUCUUUUCUAUCAGACUCGUUCCAGUAGCUCCAUUUAAGAACCACAUCUAA